ACUUGUGCAUUAUAAAAAAACAUACAGUAUGUUAGAAGAGAGGAUGAUUCUAAAACAAAUCGAUAAUUUCAUGGCAGUACAGAAAUGGAAUCAAAUCAUAUUCACUAUCUGCCGGAUAGGCCAACUAUGCAACUCUCAUUAUCAAGUGUACGAAAAUACAUGCUUAUAUGUGUGUGUGUGGGUGUGAUUCUUCAGCAGAAGUACUUGAAACAUAUUUCUCAUGGUGAUACAUUGAUAACAAAUUAAUCAGAAAUGAAAAUAAUGGAUGUUGAAAUAGCUUCAACUGAGAAAGAGAUUCACCAGUACUACCAUUGCUGCAGACCACACUUCUUUUUAUACAUCAUAUUGAUCACCAUGUUGGUAGUGUUUGCAGGUAUGACUUCUGGACUCACAUUGGGACUCAUGUCUAUGAGCCAGGUAGAUCUUGAAGUUAUUAGAAAGUCUGGAAAACGCAGGGAUCGCUUUCGUGCAUCAAAGAUUUUGCCUGUUGUGAAGAGACCACAUCUACUACUUUGUACACUUCUCAUCGCGUAUACUGCUGCAAUGGAGGCACUUCCUCUCCUACUUCAGAAUCUCCUACCUGAGUAUGGUGCUAUUCUUAUAUCAGUCACAUUGAUACUUCUGUUUGGUGAGAUUAUACCACACUCUAUCUGUUGCCGGUACAGUUUGAAAGUUGGUGCAGCACUGGCUCCUUUGGUACACGUUCUUCUUUGGAGUUUAUUUCCUGUGGCAUAUCCAAUAAGCAAGCUAUUGGACUUUAUGCUGGGGAAAGGACGUUCAGCUCUCUUUCGUCGAGCUGAACUAAAAACUUUAGUAUCUUUGCACGGAAAUGAGGCAGGGAAAGGAGGAGAACUGUCGGGUAAAGAGACGUCUAUCAUCUCAGGAGCACUAGAGCUGGCGGAGAAAACAGCAAGGGAUGCCAUGACUCCAGUGUCAGAAGUAUUUGCUGUCGAUAUUAAUGCUAAACUUGACUCGGCACUGUUACAUUUAAUAUUGGAGAAUGGGCAUAGUAGAAUUCCCAUAUACCACGAGCAGCCAAGAAACAUUAUUGGACUCAUACUGGUGAAAAGUUUAUUGACCAUAAAUCCUGCAAACGAGACACCAAUAAAGAAUAUCACUAUUCGUCGUAUUCCAAGAAUCUCAGAGAAGAUGCCUUUAUAUGACAUACUGAAUGAGUUUCAGGAAGGCCUCAGCCAUAUAGCACUUGUUCUAAGACAUAGAAGCGAAAUGGCAGAACAUUCAACCAACUCGAGAGAAGUACGACUGAACAUUUAUGGUGAAGGUCAUCACCAAAAUUUAGGGUUAAGGAGGAGCAGAAGAUCACUCAGGAAUUUAAAGGCUAUUCCCAGAAGUGCAAGUAUUUCACGAAGAGAAACCUCAAAAAGUAAGAGAUGGUCAGAAACUAUUGACUCUAAUAUCUUGCACAUUGAUGAGGCUCCACUUCCCAGCUUCACUAAAGAAGAAGAAGUUAUUGGCAUCAUAACAAUGGAGGAUGUCAUUGAGCAGCUGCUAAAAGACGAAAUCUUUGAUGAGAUGGACCACAAUGGUGAAUAUUCUGGCAUCAGCAAUUCCGCCAGAAAGGUACAUGGGGUUCUUGAAGGCUAUAGUGGAUUCUAGCAGAAUUAAGUCAAUCUUCUAUUGACAUUAGCUGCAGUCAUCAAGUAGGUGCGGACUAUUGGGAAAGUAUAUAGACUUUGUCUAUUAAAACUACGAACAGUAUACUCCUGAGCUAAAAGAAUAUAAAAGUAGAUAUUUACCCAUUAUAUCUUUGUUAGUUUGUUGCACUUAGUUUCUCUGUUAUGAGAAAUUGAUUCAAGGAUUCACACAAUUUCUAUCAACUUCUUCAAAUAU